CCGAGGAAAUAAGGGGUCGUUAUUUGGUGCCAUACUUCUACGAGAAGACAAAAAUGUCAGAUUCUGAAGAUGAAAGCCCAGAUCGCCAGUUGAAAAUAGUCAUAAUGGGUGAUGGUGCAUCAGGAAAGACAUCACUGGCAACUAGAUAUUCACAAGAACAGUUUGGUAGGCAAUAUAAACAGACAGUCGGUCUAGACUUUUUUCUUAAAAGAUUAAUUUUACCAGGUAAUGUGCAUGUAACACUCCAAGUAUGGGACAUUGGUGGUCAAACACUGGGUGGAAAAAUGCUUGAUAAAUACAUAUAUGGAGCACAUGGUAUAUUACUAGUGUAUGAUAUCAGCAAUUACAAUAGUUUUGAAAAUCUAGAAGACUGGUAUGCAAUAGUAAAAAAAGUUUUUACAGAUCAAGAAAAAUUGCCCCAUGUGGCUUUAGUUGCCAAUAAAAUGGAUUUAGAACAUAUGAAGACAGUCAAACAUGAAAAACAUCUAAAGUUUGUACAGGAAAAUGGAAUGUCCAGCCAUUUUGUGUCGGCAAAGACCGGUGAUUCUAUAAAUUUAUGUUUUCAACGAAUAGCUGCUGAAAUAUGUGGAAUCAAGUUAACAAAACCAGAGUUAGAACAGACAACGAGAGUUGUGAAGGCUGAUAUUGUACAGUAUAGUAACACAGAACCAUCAAGUCGAGCUUCACAAACACAGACAAGAAGUUCAAUGUGUAAUUUACAAUAAGAAAUAUGUUGCCUGACUGUGUCACAGUGAUGCCCUGAUAUACCUGUAACAGUGAUAUAUGUAUCUGUGGUACCCUGAUAUAUAUAAACAACCAUGAUGAACUGUGUCAGUGAUGCCCUGAUAUGCCUGCAACAGUGAUGACUGUCAGUGAUGCCCUGAUAUGCCUGCAACAGUGAUGACUGUGUCACAGUGAUGCCCUGAUAUGCCUGCAACAGUGAUGCAUCUGCGGUACCCUGAUAUAUAUA